UUUGUUGGUGAGUACGCUCACGUGCGUGCGUGCGUGUUGAAGCCUGUUUGGUAAUGGGAUUUCUGAGAAGGAUAGCAGGCAUACUUGGGUUUCUGAAAGAUGAUCCUCAUGAUGUUAACGAUGAAGAUGAAGAUGCUGAUAGGCAUCAUAAUCGUGAGGAUAAGGCAGAAACUCGUCGACCCACCUCAGGGUUUAGUGUUAAAGUUCCAGUUGCCGUUGAUAGAGCUUACAUGGGUCCCGUUCUUACCCCCUGCGAUCUCAGCGAUGGCGGAGUUCAGGGCUUGAUAUGGUUUGCAAAACGUCUACGGAUAGAUGAAGAUGGAGAUGUAGCUGAUGAAUUCCUUGAAGAGGUCUUACCAGGAAUGCUAUCUGGUUUGGAUGACCAUAAAUCUUUACCUAAGUUUGUGGUAAAGAACAGCACACGACCCACUAAGGUGAGGAAUCAGGUAAUUGCCAUUGAUGGAAGAAUCAUCCAUUGUGUGGAGUUCCAGGGUCGACUGCUAUAUGUGUAGUGACUGUCGGUAAGGCAAUCUCUAAUUUUUGAAGUGUUUAUUUCAAUUGAUUCUGUUUUAACUAGGG